AUGCUAAGAUACCCACAACCUUUGGGAUGUAUGCAUGGUGGAGAGGAACACAGUGCUAUGAGAUCACUUCUUUUAAGGGAAACUCUCAUUAAUGAGUCAAGAAACUGCUCAUUUAUGAUAAUUAGCACCAUGGAGCCUCAGGUAUCCAAUGGCCCUACAUCCAAUACAACCAACGGUCCUGCCAGCAACAGUAGGAACUGCCCUUCUCCUAUGCAGACAGGGGCUGCUACGGACGACAGCAAAACCAACCUCAUAGUCAACUACUUACCCCAGAACAUGACCCAGGAGGAGUUCAGGAGCCUUUUUGGGAGCAUUGGUGAAAUAGAGUCCUGCAAGCUUGUAAGAGACAAAAUUACAGGGCAGAGUUUAGGGUAUGGAUUUGUUAACUAUAUUGAUCCAAAGGAUGCAGAGAAAGCCAUUAACACUUUAAAUGGACUCAGACUCCAGACCAAAACCAUAAAGGUUUCUUAUGCCCGUCCAAGUUCAGCAUCGAUCAGAGAUGCAAACCUUUAUGUCAGCGGCCUUCCAAAAACGAUGACCCAGAAAGAGCUAGAGCAGCUUUUCUCGCAAUAUGGGCGCAUCAUCACCUCACGAAUUCUGGUUGAUCAAGUCACAGGUGUUUCUCGAGGUGUGGGAUUUAUCCGUUUUGAUAAGAGAAUAGAAGCAGAAGAAGCCAUAAAGGGACUUAAUGGCCAGAAGCCUAGUGGUGCUACAGAACCAAUUACUGUGAAAUUUGCUAACAACCCCAGUCAGAAAACAAGCCAAGCGCUCCUUUCCCAACUGUACCAAUCGCCCAACAGACGCUACCCUGGACCUCUCCACCACCAGGCUCAGAGAUUCAGGCUGGACAAUUUGCUUAAUAUGGCCUAUGGCGUAAAGAGGUUUUCCCCAAUCACGAUUGAUGGGAUGACCAGCCUUGUGGGAAUGAAUAUUCCUGGCCAUACUGGGACUGGAUGGUGCAUCUUUGUCUACAACUUAUCACCUGACUCAGAUGAAAGUGUUCUGUGGCAGCUGUUUGGCCCCUUUGGAGCAGUGAAUAAUGUCAAGGUGAUCCGUGAUUUCAACACCAACAAGUGCAAGGGAUUUGGCUUUGUCACCAUGACCAACUACGAUGAAGCUGCCAUGGCAAUCGCCAGCCUUAAUGGAUACCGCUUAGGAGACAGAGUAUUGCAGGUUUCCUUUAAAACCAACAAAACCCAUAAAUCCUGA